AUGGAAGAUGAUACGCAGGUUGCCAUUAGCAGCACUGGAGUAAAUCCUGACCAUAUAAUACUCUUUUCUAAGCAACUCAAAGAGAACGAACGACUACCAAACGGAUAUCUCCAAUCAUGGCAGGACGUACAGAAGGCUGCGCAAGACUCUACGGCAAGACUCUUCCUUGACGCGGGAGGUUUUAAUGCCUGGCUGGCCUAUAUCCUCGUGAAACAAAAUGCAGAAAAGCAAAGCCAUUUUAGGGGCAAAGCGGCUUUCAGCACGCUGAUUAACGAGCUGGAGGCUACGCCUGCGGAAUACCGGAAGGCGUUGGCAGGUGCAGUUGCGAGCAGUACUGAAACGAGAGUGAGGGACAGAAUGCAAAAUGUGUAUGAAAAACUGAUUAAAGAGUCUCAAAAUGACAUAUUGCAACAAAACAAAAGGCGACGUACAACAGAUUGCGAAGGCAGCUUGCCGACAACAUCUGGGGACAUGCCGAGCCCGCCUGCUGCAUCAUCCAGCGCAGUAUACCUUUCUAUUGAUCGCUCACCCCAAGGGCAGCGCCUGGUAUACCUCUCCUCCGACAUGUUCACUGGAACAGAACAAGAAGUGGUCAAUGGGUCACUUGCAGAAAUCGGCAAAUUUUUUCCGCCAUAUCUUUCAAAAGCAAUCAGGAGAAUACAGGACCCCAGCAACGAGAAUGCAUUUGUCGCUACCAUCUCAAUGACAUUCCCAGACGCUCGAGUUACGACCAUGAUAGAGUGUCAAAUGGCACUAGAGAUCACGGCUAACAAAGUAGAGCAUAUGGCCAAAGAAUUAUUUAAUGCACAUUUGGAAACCACAGAAGGGCUUCGGUAUAUUUGUCUGCCUGGUGGUGCGAGAGUAGUGCCCAACCCCAAGUUCACUUUACGAGGUUGUCGGCAUGAUAUCAUCUCAUCCAUGUUUGGCCUCGAGACCUAUGCCGCCGUCAUGGCGAGUCCUCCAUAUCAGGUCGAAGCCAAGCUGGGACAUGACACCACGGAGUGCAUAUCGAUGGUGAUUUCACAAGGAGCCAACGAUGUGGCAAUUGUCUUUUUGUCCCUGGGACUGAGGGAGGGCACUCUGAUAGCGGACAAACUCAGACUUCGAUGA